AUGUCUCGAACGGUGCUAUUGGUUGCGUUCGCCGUUGUGGCCGUCAAUGCGGGCACGCUGCAUCCCAGAGGACUGUUCGGACAUCCUUCACCUCCUCCAUGCGGGCUUCCUCCUUUCAUCGACGACCUCCCAAAGGACGCCCAAACAAAGCUGAAGGAGAUCUGGAAGGACUGGAAGGAGGGCGAGAAAUGCUACAAUGAGCAGGGCCUCACCCGGGAGCUGAUGGAUUCGCUGCCGAAGGACGUUCGUAAGAAGAUCCACAAGGAUGCAUUCCUGCCGCCGUUUUUGAAAAAAGCUCCACAGGACAUUCAGGAGCAAUUCCGCAAGGUCAUCAAUGACCCAUCGAUCAAAUUCGAGGACAAGCCGGAGAAGAUCAAUGAGCUCGCACAAAAGGUUCUCACCGGUGACCUUCUCAAGGAGUUCAACGACUUCCACAAGAAGAUGCAGGAGCAUCGUAAGGACAUUGAGGAAAAGGCAAACAAGCUUUCACCCGAAGCAAAAGAGGCAUACGAUAAGAUAAGCAAGUUGGAAAAGGAAAAGCACGAUAUCAUCUCCGCUCUCAGCGAAUCCGCUCAGGAGGAGCUCUUCCAGAUUUACAAAACCCGACACGCCAAGUUCCCAAAACCGCUUUAA